AUGGAAACUUUCAUAAAAACAGCAGUGCUAAUACUUUUUUUUAUAGCCAUCAAUUUAGACUCAGGCCAUGAACAAUUUUUAGAAUUAGUUUCAAAUCACGAAUAUUCUUUUAUUAGAUCAAGACAAAAUGCGUGGGAUAUUGCAAAUGAAAACAACGAAAUCUUUAAUUCUCCUAGAAAAAGAGUCAAUGAAGAGAUGAAUUUUUCAGAUUAUAAAUGGAAUAUUAAUUACGACCAACCCUUCUCAUCACAAAUAAGUCAAAUUAUUCUUGUGGUUCUUGCAAUUGUUAUUCUAAUUUGUGUAAUUUUAAGUUUAAUUUGUUGUUUUUAUUCAGUUCCCAAAGAAGAAGACUUUACAAAAAAAAAUGGAAUUUACUACUUUGAGAAUGAGAAAAGGCCCGAAGAAUUUGUUCCAAUUUAUCAAAAAAACGCACAAAGUAGAAGAUAUAUAUUAACCGGAGAAAUACCAAAGAAUAUCGAAUACGAAGAUUAA